AUGGCGCGUACAAUUCGGAGCCAUGCGCUCGAGAAACUCGCCCGGCUGUCUGCUCAGUCGUCCUCGGCGGAGACAGCGGGCUCAGAAUUUGGACGAAUGUUGAAGCGAUUCCCAGCUGCAUCCAAUGCGAUGAAGCUGCAAGAGCUCGAGGCGAUCCUGGCUCUGUGCAAGUCUGCCCCCUAUAUCGAGUCGUUGGAUGUUGCCGACAAGCUGCUUGCACGCCUCUCACCGUACCUCACCGCAUCGUAUGCGCAGACGUUUGCGCCGUCACCCAGCCUCCGUACCAUCGAGCCUACCCCCCACGAGUCCCUCACGUAUAACCUCACGUCUGCCGUGCUCUCGCUAGGCUUGCGACAUGGACAACUCCGCACACAGGCCACCGUUGCGCUCGAAAGCUAUCUCACAGGCUGGGCCACAGCAGCCGUCGAACUAUUGGAACAACAAUUUGUCGAUGACGGUGCAGAUGACUACGGCGUAGAUGGCGAGCUGGCUCAGGUCAUGACACAUAGCCUGUCGCUUUUGGGUUUCCUCGGUGCUACUGCAGAGCACGUGUAUUUCUGGGACGCAUACGAUAGGCUGCAGCUUGUUCAGAAUGUCCGGACGACCUUGACCGAGAAGUUCCUGAUUGCCUUCGAAACGGUGCUGUCUAUAGUGCGUAAUGCGCACUCACACCAACACGAGCUGCGGGAAUGGAAGCGAUACACUAAGCAUUAUGCCGCCGCUGGGCGGCCACUUGGCGCCAUGAUCUUGCACGACUCAUUCCUAAAGCUUGUCCUUGCUUCAGCCUCUCAGCUGGUUGGAACGAGGAAGCAGCUUACAUCGCAGAGCUCUGUCCUCGACCACUUGCAGACUUGGCUAGAGAACAGGGACCAUCUGUCUAUGAGAAUGGCAGCCGAGAACUCCCUGGCCGAAGGAUUGACCAAGAUUGCAGCCGAGGAAAUGGAGCGGUUGGAAAAUGAUCUAGAAUACCUCCAGCGAGUUGGGUCUGCGUGGCAACAGCAACAGGCAUCGUCGGUCAAAGCAAAAGUACUCGUCACAUACCUCUGCUGUACCGUGUACGACAACGAUACCGACAUCACUGACGCUGAGGUUCUGAGUGCAUGGCUUGACAAUGUGCUCAAUGAUCCUGCGCAGAGUUCGGACCAUGAGCUGGUGUCUGCAGUUCUGAAAAUAAUGGCUAUUCUGGCCAAGGUCUCGCCACAGCUAGCAUCAAGCCUGGGGCGCUCGCUGCCUCGCGUCAUUGUUCAAGCCAACUUUGAUCAUCGAACAACUUCAGUGGCGGCAGAGUCUCUGGCUGCAGUCCUUAGUCGUCUUCCCCAAGAUGCUAUCAUCACAACUCUUUAUAGCCUCGGAAACGUGAUUAGCGUGGCUCCUGCGUCUGAGCGAAACACGUCUGCUUCGCCCACAUUGAACGGCAAUAACAGGACGGCAAAGGCAGGCGGUGUUUAUAACCACCAGAAUGGCAGCACGAUCUCUCUCGCUCCUAGCGACGUUGACGAGCCCCACCAUGUGCACACGACUGUGGUUGAGACGAUUGUAUCAGUCGCUCGAAAUUGCAAGGACACCAAGAUCACUGCGCUUGCACUGUCCAUGCUUGUGCAAAAGGUUGGGCGUUCUGGCAAGGUAGUCGAUGCGAAGAUCAUUACCGAUACAGCUUUUCUGGGUAUACACAGCCCGCCCGGGGAAUUCAAAUCGCUGCUCAAGGUUUACACCAAGAUUUCCCAUGAUGCCCUGGUCUCUGAUGACAAGUCAAGGCUUGAAGCCGUCAUGGCCGCGCGGCUCAAUCUCUCCAAGGAGAUAAAUGCUGGAGAGCCCGCUUUCGAAAUCUACCUUACGCACUUGCUGGACACGAUUGUGAGCAAGGGAGAUGCGCAAGAAACAUCUCAUCGUCAUCUUCGAGACACGGAGCUUGCGGCACAGGAAAUUGCGCAACUGCUAAAGCCACUUGCAGUCCUGCUCGCAAGGAAUGCGGAACGGGCCGAGUAUGCCGAACUUGAUGACUCUAUUAUCGGCCUCCAGCGCGAUGCCUGGUUCAAUAUUGUUGUCCAUGGAUUUGACUUGCUCUCUGAUCUGGGCAAACAAUACCGCGAAGAGUUGCGUACACUUGCACGGUAUAGCAAGCCCCUGAUUACCGAAGAACGACCCUUUCUUUCAGAAAGCGACAUCGAAUUGAACACGGUUUUGCGUCGCGGCAAAUCGCCUGAGCAUACCAUCGAGCAGAAGAAACGCCUUGGCAAAUUGCUUCCAUCGUGCGAGGCUGACACAAAGUCACUCAGUUAUCAGGAGUCAGUUUUCUUGAGCACUGCGUAUCUGGUGGAAGACCUACGAGCUAGCACCGGUGAUUGCACCAAGGCGCUUGCUUACUUUCUCGACCCUAAGCUACGGACAGGGGCAGUGGGCAACUGCAUGUCUGCUAUCAACACGACAGCUGUUCGAACUUACCUGGCAAAAACCUUGUCUGGACAGUCACACACCUUCUCGACGCCGUAUCUGGCAAAGCAACUAGCUACCAUGUUCUCAGCAUGUUGUCAUCGCAUUGCACGUGUUCAGCAAGCGGCAGCCACUUGCGCAGAUAUUGUCAUUCGGGAAGUGCCGUCUACCUUGUGCCAGAAGAGUGCGCUGUUUGCCCUUUUGGAGCUUCUUUCAAUCAUGUGGUAUAGUUGCCUCGAAGGCGAGACGGACGAAUAUACUUGGAAGUCGACUUUCAGAUCUAAGCGAUCCAACAUCGCCGUCGAGUUGUCGGAUGACUACGCGUUUCGGCGAGCAACUCUCGACGCGUUGCAUAAGAAAGCAACCGUUUGGGUCAAAGGAGCAAUCGAUAUUGCUCCUCUCGACGUUAAGGGACUCCUUCAGUCGUACCUCUCAGAGUUUGAGGAUGAGAUGACGUUUGGCCAUAUUUCCUUGGGAAGGUCUUUUGCUCUCGAGAUGGGCUCCGUUAUCCCAUCCACCGACCAGCGUCUUGGCGCUGUUGAACGACAGGGCAUCAACAUCAAUACAGCGUCAGAUUUCAUUACUCAGUAUACUACAAGGCAAGAGUACAAGUUCCUCGACGGCGUUGCGGACCAGGAAGAAGAAUGGCUCAAAGGCGCACCGACUUCGGAUUCUAGGUCUACGUAUCUAUCACGAAGCUUACAUGAGGCGACCGCCCUUUUGGUGGACCUGGAAAGCCGCACAUUGGGUCACAAGCAUGUUACCAUUGCCGAGCUUCGCGACAUACUUCGAAAGGCUGCUGCCUUGUUGUGCCGGGUCAAGAAUGAUCAGUCACCAAUUGUCCAGCACCUGGUUGGCAUACCAUUUGCAGUGUUCUCGAAGCAAUCCAUUAAGCUUGGCAUCUCACUUUGGACCAGCGUUGCCAAAGAGAACCCUCGCAUGGAGUCUCGGAUUCUUAUUGCCAUUGCUGAAAACUGGGAGAAUACGGUGCGCAAGCGUCGUGGUAUCUUCAGCCCUGCAUUGAAACACGCGGAUCCCUUUUACGGUAAACAAGAGUUCGCUGCGACUGACAAGGAGGCGUUGUCAAAACGCCAGCAGCAUAUUUACAACCUCAUCGCUCCUCACUUCCGCCUGCUGCAAUUCUUGUCUAGUCACUUUAACGCAUCCCGAUUGAGCAAGGCGGAUGUCGAAUGCGUCUAUGUUCGAUUGAUGCACAUCACGCUCGAUGCGAUGAGUGCAGGGUGCUCGCAGCCUUUGGCUCGUGAAUCCUAUUUCCAUAUUAUCCUGCUCGGACUGCGUAUUGCACGCCACAGUACCACAAUCUCAUCAACUAUCAAAUGGCGAUUGACUGAUCGUAUCCUGACUGCUGCUUUGGCGUGGUUUGCGAAAGCUCCUCAGUGGUCAUUUGGAGGCAACAGACUGCAAAUCAAGGCCGAGACACAUGUUCUCGCAGAUGUCCAGGUGCAAAUCGAACAUCUUGGAAAGGUCACCACUGCUGUUGAUAUCGGGUCAAAACUGAAGGCGAAGCAAGACUUGUUGUCUCUACUCGUUUCGAAUGAGCAGUCUCGCCUCACUGUGUGGCUGUUCCCUCUUGACAACGGCAAGAAGCACCACUUCAUCACUGGGCGUCACAACAAUACAAUCCCUGAUGCCGCUGUGACCGCCCAUUUGAAGACGGCCUGGGCCGAGAACCCUGGAAUCGCCGUGCAUAUGCUCAAGCGCUUCCAGUCCCAGCGCUUGAGCAAUGAAGUUAGGUGGCAGGUGCUUAACUUUCCACAAAAGGUGCUAGACGAGCCAGAUGCGCUAGAGAUACUUUUGGGCAACUCACUACCAGCCGAUGUGUCCUUCCAGCUCAAGUACAUGCUCUACUGGGCUCCUGUAAACCCCAUCACAGCUGUCACGUACUUCUUGCCGGCGUACGGCAACCACCCCUUCAUCAUCCAGUACGCAAUGAGGGCGUUGGAGAGCCACUCGGUAGAUGUCAUGUUCUUCUACGUCUACCAGAUUGUGCAAACUCUUCGGUAUGAUGUUCUGGGCUAUGUUGAGCGGUACAUUAUCGAGACAGCCAAGUUUUCACAGUUGUUUGCUCAUCAAAUCAUCUGGAACAUGAAGGCGAACGCAUACAAGGACGAGGCUGCCGAGAUUCCCGAUCCAGUAAAGCCCACUCUGGACAAGGUUAUGAGCAGUCUCGAGUCAAGUUUCUCCGAGGAAGACCAUGCCUUCUACGAGCGCGAGUUUGCAUUCUUCAACGAGGUCACAGGUAUCUCGGGAACUCUACGCUCCGUUUUGCACGAGCCCAAGGAGGUCAAGAAGCAGAAGAUUGAGGAAGAACUUCGCAAGAUCAAGGUUGAGGUAGGAGUCUAUCUUCCUUCCAACCCUGACGGCCAAGUCAUUGGUAUCGACCGCAAGUCCGGCAAGCCACUGCAAAGUCACGCAAAGACGCCAUUCAUGGCUACCUUCCGUAUCAGGAAAACGAAGCCAGAGAUCCAAAGUCUCGAAGAAGUUGAAGAGGAUGACCGCGAGGUCGCCCAGAAGAAGGACAAUACCUAUGAGACAUGGCUGUCUGCCAUCUUCAAGGUCGGAGAUGACUGUCGUCAGGACGUGCUUGCGCUGCAGAUGAUCGCUGCCUUCCGCGGUAUCUUCAACACCGUAGGUCUAGACGUCUGGGUAUUCCCCUACCGCGUGACGGCGACGGCACCAGGCUGCGGAGUCAUCGACGUCCUUCCCAACUCCAUCUCGCGCGACAUGCUCGGUCGCGAAGCCGUCAAUCGUCUCGACGACUACUUUGUUUCUCGCUACGGCAACGAAGACUCAAUCCGGUACCAGGAAGCGCGCUCCAACUUUGUCAAGUCCAUGGCCGCAUACUCGGUCAUCAGCUUCCUGCUGCAGUUCAAGGACAGACACAACGGAAACAUCAUGAUUGACGACGCCGGCCACAUCAUCCACAUCGACUUUGGCUUCUGCUUCGACAUCGCUCCCGGUGGCAUCAAGUUCGAGCGCGCCCCGUUCAAACUUACCGCCGAAAUGAUCGCCGUCAUGUCCGGCAAGAAUGCGCAGAACCCGUACACGUCGCAGGCGUACCGCUGGUUCGAAGAACUCACCGUCAAGGCGUACUUGGCUAGCAGACAGCAUUGCGAUCACCUGUGCCAUGUCGUACAAGUCAUGCUGGAUAGCGGGUUGCCGUGCUUCAAACCCGAGUCUAUGCGUAACUUUAGAGAUCGCUUCGUGUUGGACAAGAGCGAGAGGGAGGCGGCGGAGUACAUGCGCGGACUGAUUGAGAAGAGCAGAUCGAGUUAUUCGACGGGAACAUACGAUCGGUUCCAGCUUAUCACAAACGGAAUUCCGUAUUAG